GUUCACUCGCCUGAACUUUUAAUCCGAAAGUUUAUUUUUUAACUCUUUUAAUAUUUUCUGAAUAAAUUGCAUGUAAACAAAAACAAAUAUGAACGAUAGUACGUUAUUUCAAAGCACUGUCGUGUUUUUAAUUGGAAAUAUUGAAUCCAAAGUUUUGGAUAUAUUGAAAAAUGGAGGAGCAACUUUUUCAAAAUUCACUAUGGACAACGUAACUCAUGUUAUUGUCGGCAAAAAUUUUGACGAAAGUCAAGUGCAAGAAGCACGCGAACUUUAUGAGAAACCAACAGUGACAGAACAAUGGGUUCUUACAUCGAUAAAGUUAGGAAAAUUGGCGCCAGUGAAACCUUAUGAUCCGAUUAUGAAUGGAAAGCUCUUCUCCAAUUGUAUUUUUACAAUGAAUCAGAUUGAUGCACAAGAUCGGUUGAAACUUUAUGCAAUGAUCACAUUUCAUGGAGGAUGUGUGAAAAAAGAACUGGACAAUAAAGUUACUCACUUGCUUUCUGGUGGAUCUCAGUCAGUUGCUCUUAAAGUUGCGGCAUUGACCAAGAAUAAAUUGACAAUUACGACGCCAGAUUGGGUACAAGAGUGCUUGAAGCAGAAGAAACUCGUUGAUCCGAGUUUUUAUCAUCCAAAUCUUUUAAUUUCACCAAUGCAGCAAUCAUCAAAAAUUACUCUCAUGCCAACAGGUGGAAUCCGAGAAGAAAAAUCAACUUCAUUAAUUCGAGGACAAUUGCAACAAAAUAUCAGACCAUCCAGACCAAUUAUACAAACCAUGCAACAUACGCCUCAACAAAUCAAUGAAAUUAUUCAGAGUCAAAUUCAACAACAACAAAUGCAAGAAAAAGCUAAGCAACGUGCUGCGGCAGCUUCAACAAGCAACACUCAAAGCUCUCAACAAUCAUCAUCAGUUUCGACGACAUUAACAACAAUGACAAGCAAUGAGCCACAGCAACAAAGUCAUGUAGUGAAAAAUGUUCAGCAAGUCAGUGCCACCCAAGUUGUUAUUAAUUCUAAUCAAGUUGGUGGAAAUAUUCCGCUACAAAAUGUGCCAUCAAAUCAAAUUCCGGCAAUCAAUAACAAUCCAGUUACGCAGACUAAUCAAAUUACCAUGCAAAGACAACUUUCUCAACAGCAACUUGAAGCAAAUGCAAGAAAUCAGAAGAUUCAAAUGAUUUCCCAACAUCUUCAACAAUCGACACAUAAUCAACAGCAACUUCUUGCUCAGCAACAAUUUAAACAAUUUCAAAAUACUCCCGUGUUAGCGAACAACUCUAAUCAACAGCAACAGCAAACCACAACAACGACAACCGCAACUGUUUCUCAUAUGACACAGAAUACUCAACAUCAACAGCCUCUACCGCAACAGCAGCAGCAGCAACAAUUCUCUGCUGUCACUCAACAGCAGCAAAAUAUCCAACAGGGGACAUCACAAGUUCCCCAAUUUACCAAUCAACAAAUGAAACAAAUUAUUACACCGAAUCAAACUCCUCAAAACCAGCAACAGUUUAUCUUGAAUCAGAAUCAAAAUCAAAGUGGAAGUGGGGGUGGAACUGUUAAGACGAUAACAACACCAACGACUGGAAGUAAUUACAUUCAAAUUAUAAAUCAACAAGGACAGCAAAUCAUUCAAAUUCAACAUCCUGAAAGUGGACAAAUGCAACAAAAAGUUAUAAAUCAAGCAAUACAUCCAAACCAGCAAUCCGCUCCACAAAUGCAUAAUAUUGUAACAAAUACGCCACCACAAGCAAAUGUUCAAAUUAACCAAACUCAGCAACAACAGCAGCAGCAACAUCAACCAAACAUCAUUCAAGGACAAGGAAAUCGUCAAAACAUUGUCAUAAUAAAUCAAGUUCAAAAUCCACAAGGAAUGAGUGCAAUGGCAUUGCAACAGCAACAACGUUUCCAACAGACACAACAGCAACAGCUUGGAACUCAACAAAUCAUUCAUCAGAAGAUAAUUUCAUCGAAUGCCGGCGAUGGAAUUGUUCAAACACAAAUGCAAGGAAAUGUUAAUUCACAACAAAAUCCUCAAAUUAUUCAAGUACAUCAAUUGCCGAUUUCUGGUUCGCAGGUUCAAUCACAACAAACCGUAAGUGAUGGAAUAAUAAUGGAACAGAAAAUUCAAGGAAGUGGGGGAAGUGGCGGUGCUCCAAAUAUUGUUCAUGUUCAACAGCAACAACCACAACAAGCUCAAAGCACACAAGGAUUAACACAAGCUCAAGCUGUUCAGCAGAUUGCACAACAACUUCAAAUUCCACCUGGUCUUACACCACAGCAACAAAUGCAAUGGCUUCAACAGAAUCAACGACGACAAAUCGUUAUUCAGCGUCCAAGUGUUGGUGGUGCUGGCGCUGGGGGUGGUCCAAUAACUCAACUUCCACAAUCUAAUCAACAAGCAAAUAUCACACAAUUUCAAAUUGAUCCAAAUGCAACGCCACAACAGCAACAAUUGCAGAGACAACAUUUUCAAAGAUUGCAACAAUUGCAACAAAAUCAAAAGAUGCAAAGUGCUGAACAAGUAACAGGCGUUGAACAAUCAGCAGCUGGGACACUUCGAAUGAUGACUGCGCAACAUAAUGCUGCAUUGAAUGUACAAGGCAUUCAUCCACCUGGUGUCGUUCGUUCUCAACAACCUAAUCAACAAACAAAUAUCGCACAAUUUCAAAUUGAUUCCAAUGCUGCACCACAACCACAAAUUGUUGGUGCUGGUCAAACGAUUGUUCAAACUCAACAACAUCCUCAGUUACAGCAGCAGCGACGACAAACACUUGGUAACAUUACAAACGCAAGUGGUGGCGUUAUUCCAAUCCCAAGUUCGCCAGUUAUUGUUACCAAUCAAAUACCAGUUGGAGCACAAAUUUUAAUGCCACAGGCACCAAGUGGAAACAUGAAAGUUCAAGCACCAUUUAGUCCUGGACGUGCACCACCUCCAAUCACAAAUCGAUCUCAAUUUUAUGGCCAUAAUCCGAACUUGAAGCUUCCUGCUGAUCUCUUUCUGCUUGGUUGUCAUUUCUUAAUUGUUGAAUAUGACGAAACAAACAAAGAUGAUUUGAAUGAUUGGAAGCAAUCGAUAAAAAAUCAUGGCGGUGAAAUUGAAAGUUGUUACAAUGUUCGUGUGACUCACGUUCUUUGUCGUACACAAAAGCAUGGAAUUGUUAUGCAAGCAAUACGAGAUAAUAAACGAUGUGUGACAGUUUAUUGGUUGAAUGACAUCAUUCUUAAGAAGCAAGUGCUUCCACCAUGGCAAGCAAUUCAUUUGCCAUCGUCAAGCGUAUUUGGUUCAAUGAAACCAGGAAUGAAACACAUUAUAACAAUAAUGGGCUUUGAGAAUGAUGAGAGAGAAAGAAUUAAGAGAAUGAUUGAAGAAAGUGGAGCUAAGCUUACAACAUAUAUGAAUCGACAGAAUACUGUCGUGGUUUGUAAACGACUUGAUCAGAAUCAUAAAAAGUUCAUUCAUGCAAAAGAAUUUAACAUUCCAAUGGUUAAUGUUGUCUGGUUGAGUGACCUUUUAUUGGGAAACACAAGCACACUGUCGCAAUAUGAUUCUCCAAAAUAUCAGCAAUAUAAUCUUCAGCAACCUUUAAGAAUUGAUCAUUCAAUCGUUCCACAAUUAAUGAAUGCAUGGAAAGCUCCAAUCAAUUUAACUCAAGAAGCUCAUGAAAGAGUUAAAAGAAGCCAAUUAGAUCCACCGCAACAAAAAGCAAAGAAACUGAGAACGAUUCCAUUUUUGGAAACAAUUCCAGAGGAAAUUAAUUGCAUUAAACAACCGGAACCUAAUAAUAUUCCUAUCGUGAUGUUAUCACAAGUUGAUGAUGAAGAUGGAUUAACUCGAGCUAUCACAAUACUCGGAGGACGAGUAACGAAAGAUCAUGCAGAAAUGACGCAUUUAGUCAUGACGAAGCCAUCAAGGACAGUUAAAUUUCUCUAUGCACUUUGUCGUGCAAAGUACAUCGUAAAUUCAUCAUGGUUAGAAGAAAGUGCUAAACAAGGAUUCUUUCAAAAUGAAGAUAAGUUUUGGAUUGUGGAUCUUGGUAGCAGUUUCAAGUGCAAUAUCCCAGCAGUUGUCAAGUCACCGAUAAGAAAAUCGCUUUUUGAGCAUCGCGUUUUCUAUAUAACGCCAUCAGUUAAGCCUGGACCAUCUUUUCUUAAAUGGAUCAUUGAUCAAUGCGGAGGAAAAUGGGAAUUAAAUCGACGAUCUGUCAUGAAAAUUCAUGAGUUGAAUCAACAAAGUCCAAACAGUUACAUCAUUAUAAGUUGUCCGGAAGAUUUACAUUUGCUUGGUUUCAAACAUUUUGUUUGUUAUGUUUGCACAAGUGAAUUUAUUCUUCAAUCUCUUAUGACACAAACGAUUGACUUCCUUAAAGCAGAACUUCAGUUGACGCGAUGAUUUGUUCUUCCGUCUUUAACUACCUCCAAAUAUAAGACAAUCGUUGUCUUGAACUCUCAAUUGAAACUUCAGCAAAUGACAAGAACAAACAAAUCAUUGCUGUGUGAUGAAGCCUUAAAUUCCCUUUUUUUCAUUAGUUUUAUUAACUUCUAAAAUUUAUUGUAACAAAAAUCGUAUAAGUAAAAAAGUGAAUAAAAAAUUCAAAUUAAUUUUCUAUAUCUAAUAAGUAUGAUAAUUUUGAGAAAUAAAUGAAAUGUUGAUGAUGGA